GCAGACGACAGGCCGGUCUAUCACACCGAGCCAUACAGUUCACGUGCGAGCGAUGCUGGUAGGCUUAGACCUGAAACCAGCUACUGAAAAACUGGAGGUAUUCGUAGAGGACGUAUACGGGGUGAGGGUGAGGAAGUGGAACGAGCUAACGGAAGACUGUGGCGGCGUUAGAAGAGCCGAAUUCACACUUUCGCGCCGUCCGGUGCUGGGCUCGUGGAAAGUCUAUGCUGUUACAAAGGAUGGACGCACAUUCAAUGCUUCGUUCUACGUGACGAAAAAAGGAUUACCGUCUUUCGGUGUGUAUAUUGCUGUUCCUGCGUUUAUACGAAACUGGCAAAUUUGCCCAGAGAUUAGUGUGUCAGCAAGGUACUUCUACGGCGAGCCGGUGUCAGGACAGGCUAUCGUAACGGUCUCGGUUCGCGGGGACGACGGCAGCCUUCCGCUGGCGCAGCAAACACCCGUGGUACUGCAGCAGACCAUAAGCGGAAAGGUUCAUUUUAACGUGUGCCUGGCGGAGAUUUUCGACACAGACACAAUGAAAGCAUUUCGUGGGUCGCUGUAUAUAGAUGCGACCGUUACGAGCACGCAGGGAACUACGGUGACGGCUUUUGACGAUUCAUGCGUCGUCAGGAGGCCGCUAGUUGAUCUGCGAUUUUCACAAUCGACAAGAAAAUAUUUCAAACCUGGAUUUCCUUACAGUGGACAGAUAAAGGUUCUGUAUCCUGAUACUUCGCCAGCCGAUGAUGUCGUUCUAGAGGUGAAGAUUGUUUCCGGCAGUCAAAACUUCAUCGCCCAGGAAAUCACUGCCUGGAACGGCGUGGCUGAGUUUCGGUUCUCUCAGGAGAUCACCACCGACGUUGCCUGGCUAGAGGCAAAAGUUGUAAAGAUUAAGAAAGAAGUUGUUUUGGAUUUUCCGGCCAUAUAUCAGCCCCUAGUUGUACUGAAGCUGCCGAAUGCCUGUGACCUCGCAGCAAUUGCCCUCGGUCACACAUAUAAGGUUGGAGAGAAUGCCAGCUUUGUAAUAGACUCAUCUUGUACGUGUGGUGUUGCAAUCUAUUAUGAAGUUACCAGCAAGGGUAACAUUUUAGACAGCGGAGACAUAGUGACCACGCAAUCGGACACAGGCGGUUGUAGAAACGAGCUGAAACUAAUGGUCACCGCCGACAUGCUUCCCAGCGUCCGGGUUCUCUUCUAUCACAUCAUCAACGAUAGACUCAUAUCUGAUUACGUCAGAUUUACAGUGAUUUUCGACCAUUCGACUCAGAUCAAUCUCAAGGUGCCUCAAGGUGGCGUUGCGCCAAAGGAUAAUGUUCAGCUGUUGGUUGAAGCUGAGCCGGGAUCGUGUGUGUGCUUAGCGGCAGUCGAUAGCAGCACGCUUCUCUAUCACAACACAACGUGGAUAAGCACAAAACAUGUAAACAGCUUGUUGAGCAGAUAUACGCUACAGGAGAGCAAUCUGAUGUGGCCGUUUGGAAACAAUAAUCCGACGAAACGAAGGAGGAAGAGAGGUUACUGGUGGCAGAAAAGCUUUAUAAAAGCCAUAUCCAACAUAUUUGCCGCAAACAGCCUCGUGAUAAUGUCAGACGUGCUAGUGAUGGAUGAUCUAACGCCACCCAGUACACAUAUAGAGAAUCAGAUAUACUUCAUACCAGGGCUGGGGGAGGUGGCCGAGCAUCAGCGGGUCAUGGAAGAGUUAAAUGCGCAGGAGAGCUUAGCACGCAUAUUUUUCCCAGAAACAUGGAUCUGGAGCUGCUUCCCAAUGAGCACAACAACGGCAACGAGAAACUUCACCGUCCCUGCGACGUUAACAACAUGGACGCUGCAGGCGACUUCACUCUCACAAGUUAGUCGCCUCGGCAUCGGACCUGUCCACUACCUCACCGUGCAGAAACAGUUUCUUGUUGAGAUGCAAGCGCCAAAAUCUCUUGUAGAGCAGGAGAGCUGUUGGCUUCCAGUUAGAAUCUUCAACAGUCUUGAUUCCUGCGUCAAGGUACGUUUCUCCCUUAAGUUGGAUGGGAACGUUUUAUUCGAGGAUACUCUAUUAAACCAGCGAUCGCUCCAGAUCUAUUUAAACAGCAACGACACGUAUGCAGAACAAAUGAACGUUAUCUUCACCGAACCUGGCGAGUUCAGAAUCACAGCGACGGCAACAGCUCUGUCUUCGCGCAUUUGUCAGAAAAGCAACAGUAUAGGUGAGGCUGACGGGGCCGAUGACGGUGACGAUGGCAAUGAAGUGGCAUCUGAUAUAGUAACACGAAAAGGUGUUGUUGUCGCACUAGGAAAACUCGUCCACGCAUCCACGUCUAUCUACAUCUGUUCGACUGCCAACGGAACAUCUACUGAAGAAGUACUUACUGUCGAGGCGCCUAUAAAUGCUAUUACGGGCUCGCAGAGCGGCUAUUUAACCAUAAGUGGCGACAUUUUAGGUACUUCAGUGCUCAACGUCGAGCGGCUGGUCGAUCUACCGUCGGGCGGAGGGGAGCAGAAUCUUGUGCACUUCACACCUGCCGUACACUUGCUGCGAUACCUCGAGCAGACGCAUCAGCUGACGUCACAAACACGGCAGACGAUCUCACAACUGCUUAAUACAUGCUAUAUGGACCAGCUGUCGUUCAGACUCUCAGACGGCUCCUUCAGCGCGUUUGGCAAGGAAAGCGAUCCGUGGCUGACGGCCUUUACGGCGAAAUCGUUCGCCGCCGCCAAGCAGUACGUGAACGUAGAUGAUGACGUCAUUCGCACAGCUAAGACCUGGCUAUUCGAUCACCAGCAACUCGACGGCUCAUUCGAGGGCAAUAAAGGUUUAAUAGCGGGCAGCCAGGAGCACUUGCACGACAAGCUGCUGAUGACAGCUUACGUGGCGGCGGCUCUAGUCGAGAUUGGUGCGUCGACGGAGCGCGACAACAAGGCGAUCGCCGCCGCCAGGAUCUACCUGGAGAACCACAUGUACCUGCUCGCCGACCCGCACGUCGCCGCCGUCACGACGUACGCGCUGACGAUGCUCGGCAGCAGAGCGGCGCUGCUCUCACAGCGCAUCAUGGAAGCCAUUCUGCAGCAGUUCGAAGACUCGGCGCAGCGGCAAUCCGCCCAAAUAUGGAGCACUCUGGAUGGCUGGACGCAGCCCGACCAACCAGACAUCGCGGGCACCUACCGUCCGACGUCCAGCGAGAUCGAGACAUGUGGUUACGCUCUGAUGGCCUACCUGAUGUCUAACAACCUAGAAAGGGCAGUCCCACUGGCUCACUGGCUGGCGUGUCAAACUAACCGCUAUGGCGGCUUCCUCUCCACUCAGGACACCGUCGUAGCUUUGCAAGCUCUCACCGAGUUUGCCGAGUAUGCACACAAACCAAGCAUCAACCACACUGUGUCCAUCGUCUCCACGACUCUCAACCUAAACGUGGUCGCUACUGUCAACGCCUCCACAGGAAUGCUGCAGCAACGCCAGAAACUGCCGAGCAUACCUACAAAACUACUGGUGACAUCAACGGGUGAUGGAUGCGCGCUUAUCCAGGCAAAUAUUCAAUACAAUGUACUACAUGAAUCUUCAACAAGUAGUGACACGGACGCGUUCAGUGUUCAAGUGCACGUGACGAAAAGCACGCGUCUCGACAAUCCCGAUGAACACCGACAGGACAUCAUUGUACAUGUGUGUCUGAGAUGGACAGCUCCAGGCCAGUCAGUCAUUAUAGUGGCGGAUGUUACGUUACCCACUGGAUACGAGGUGACUGGCGUACAGGAUGCCACAUUCUUACAGAUGGAGAAGUAUGAGUUGGAAGACAGAAAAAUCUUUUUGUACUUCUCGCAGAUUCCGUCGAACGACUCCGCCUGUGUCUCAGUGUUGAUGCAACAGAAGCUGGUCGUCGAACAUCAGCAGACGAUACCAGUGACAGUGUAUACAUACUACGAACCUUUGCGCCAAACGACAGUCUUCUACAGCAUGGACAGCCAUUCCACACAUGCAACAGGUGGAGAGCCCACUGCAGCUGAAGAAUCCACAGCAGUAGCACCAGAAGCAUUAGAUGAAUCAACUGAUGCAGUACUUGAAACAGCAAAUGAAUCAACAGGACACAAAGUAGAAGAGAGAAAUAAAUCAACAGAGGCAGCAUCGAAAUUAAACGAAUCCACGGAGGUCACAGUGGAAGCAGGAGGUGAAUCAAGAGUUGAACAACUGCAUACAGUAGUUCCAUCAGCAGGAUUAGAACUGGAAACAGCAGACGAAUCAACAGAGGUAGCAACAAACGCGGUUGAGGGUAGCAAUGACAAUGAAACAAUCCUGAUUGAUCCAUGGGAUGUAUCCCCAAAGAGCUCCCUACCUGAUGUUUUCGCAGCAAUCAUCCAACUCCAGAAGAAUCCAGAUGACUCCAAGACCUAUAAGGAGUUUCUGGACAUUCUAAAAGAAAAUACAGCAAGCGAGCCUUUCACAGAGCUUGAUUUGCCACCAAAUACCCUCAACACCAUUGACUUAGAUCACGCGUAUGCAGGCAACACAGGUAAUAAUUCUAUAGCUAGCGUGGAUGAUAAGGCAGUAAGUACCCCAGGUAAUGAAAUUAAAGGCAGCACACUGAAUAAUGAUGCAGGCCGUAACAUAGGCGACGAAGAUGCAGGCAGCAGUAGUGUACAGAGAGCUAUCAUACAUAGAGACGAGUCAAAUAAUAUGAAUAUUGAAAAGCCAGCUAGCACAGGUCAUGAGCAGGCAGGCAGUAUAGGUCUUGCACACACGGUAGCUGCGCAGAACACAGAGCUCAAACAGGAACGUGACCAUAUGUCUCUUACUGAGAACAGCACCAAGAGCAUGCAAAUGAACUGUAGCCAUGAUGAAGAUGAACAGGGUAGAAACAUUCGACAGAGAAAUGACUCGACUAUCAACUUGGCAAACACAACUGGCGACCAAAUAGAAGGAGCUGAGAACGUAAUUAACAAAGAAUUAGACAAUGACAGGAUUUCCCAGCCAGUACAUACUGCAGUUGCAGAGGAAGAAUACCUACUCACAACUACUGUAGAUGAUCAAGUGUCAACCCAAAAUAUUACCGACACGGAUGGAGACAUUCCACCCACAAGCAAUGCCCUUAUAGAGGAUGAAGUGCUGCGCAAUGAUAACACUCUAGCUACCAGUCAAGAAGACAUAGAUAACUCUGUGAAUGAUACGGAAAAGAAUUAGCUUACAGUCACUUCUAUAUAUUUAUUUGACGUGGUUGUUUGUUAAAAUGCAAUUUAUAUGUGAGUGACACCAAUGUGAUUAAAGCUAUCCAGUAAAAAUCUGGGCUUGGUAAACAAAUGUACGCUGCAAUCAAAAUAAAAUAAUAAAGUAAUGACCAGUAUAUCAAAAUGUUCAAAAAUA